AUGGCGCCCAUUCUGUUAGAUUCCGAUACCUUGGACCAGCCGCUAGCUCUGGUUCCCCUGGAAGACCAGCCGAAUAGUCUGAAAGACUCGACCGUGUAUCUACAGCUUUCCGAGCACCCCCGGCUCCUUCUGCGGCUCGUCGAGAUUUUCAACGCACCAACAAUCGUCAAAUCCGAGGCUUCUGAUAUCCAGCUUCAACGUCUUUUUCAACUUGCUUGGGCGAUUACAGUUGGAGCCUUCACUUCCUCGACCACCCUGUACGUUGGCGAGCAGUACACCAAGGGAAGUUGUUAUAUUACAAAUGGUCUCAAUGCCCCCAUAAAGGAGUCAUGUGCCAAUGGCGUGCAUGGACAUGAUGGCAAGGAUUCCCGCUAUAACACGACCAUUGCUUACCAGCGGGCAGUGGACUUGGGUCAAAAAGCCUGCAUGAGUCGGUGCCACGCUUGCUGCUCCAUUUCGCUGGUACAGGAAAUCCCCGGGGAUGGAAUGCGUCUCUUCGUCAGACGUACGCCAGAUGACCUCUUGCAUGCACAGCUCGAUGUGGGUGACUCUCAAAUCAGCUUACCACUGGCAACGAGCUUGCUUCACAGUUUCAAUCGAGCUCUCUCUUCAAUUGGCAUGACGUCGAUGCAAUCGAUCGGUGCCGUGGAUUUAUGCGGGUCAAAUGAUCGUGCCCAGAUUGCCGACUUUACUAGAUCUCUUGCACCCUCUCAAGAGGCCUUACUUCAUGAUCUCUGCUUGCGUCACGCCGUGACGACCCCGGAUGCACCAGCUAUCCGAUCAUGGGAUGGCGAUCUCACCUAUAGUGAACUCAGUGAUCUUGCAUCUCGCCUGGCGCAUUGGCUGGUUGAUAAGGGUGUUCGACCGGGCGUUUUUGUCGCCUGCACUUUCUACAAGUCAACCUGGGCGAUCGUAGCCCGUCUUGCAAUUCUAAUGGCCGGUGGUGCAUACAUCUGCGUUGAUGGCAGUGACCCGCCACCGUAUCUGGCAUCUGUCCUGGAGCGAACUCAAAUUAAAAUCAUGCUGACAUCGACCGGAUACGCAUCAAGGUAUACGGAACUUGUAGAAGUCCAGUUUGAAGUGAGCGCGGGUUCUCUCCGAGAGCUUCCUUCCAUGCCUGCAGUACCAUCUGUCGAUGUUAAGCCUACCGAUGCUUGCGUAGUACUCUUCACUUCGGGCAGUACCGGUAAACCCAAGGGAAUCAUCCAAGAGCACCGAAGUUACGCGUCCGCUCUCACCGAUUACAUUCGCGUCAUGGGGAUGGGCCCUCAUUCACGCCUUUUUCAAUUCGAUGCCUACGCCUUUGAUAUCAGUAAUAAUGAUUUCCUCGCACCUCUGCUAGCCGGUGGCUGCUGCUGCGUCCCCACAACUUCGCUGUCAAUGGAUGCCCUGAUGACAGAUAUCAAUGACCUCCAGGCUAAUAUGAUGUUCGCCACCCCUUCAGUCGCCAUCGAGAUUAACCCCGACCGGGUGCCGACGCUAAAGAUGAUGUGCAUUGGCGGGGAGCCCAUCUCCGACGCGGUUCUCGCCAAGUGGCUGACUCGCGUGAAGGUUGUAAACCAGUAUGGCAUGGGGGAGGUAGCAUCUCUAUGUGCUCACAAUCCUAACCUUCAAAUGGGCCACGGUGCUGUUGUUGGAAGACCAGCUAGUGGCGCCAUCUGGAUUGCGAAUCAAGACCACCCCGAUCUACUGAUGCCCGUGGGAGCGAUAGGAGAGCUGCUCGUGGAGGGCCCCCACAUUUCAAGAGGCUAUUUAGACCAUGUCUCCGGAAAAUCGGAAAACUUCUUGACGGCCCUUCCUGUCUGGAUGGCACAGCUCCAUGGCGAUCGACCACGACAUCGAUUCUACAGAUCCGGGGAUCUUGGCCGGUACAAUCACGAUGGAACCAUUGAGCUCAUCGGGCGGAAAGAUACAAUGCUGAAACUCGACGGGGCAAGAGUGGAAGCCGGCCAAGUAGAGUACGUACUUCGCCAACAUCUGUCAACUGGUGAUGCCGCAGUGGUGGAUGUCUUGGGUGCUGUGGAUGGCGCGGGCGACCCAAUUCUUGGGGUAUACCUAUACCUUGCCAAUAACCCAAUGAACAUGGAGACGGGUCCUGUCGAAGAGAUGCAAUUUCGCCCGAUAAUGCAGCGUCAUGCAAUCUAUGCUCUCACUCAAGUCCUCAGCGAAGGGGUUCGGCAGAGCCUGCCAACCUACUAUGUCCCUAGCCUCUUCCUACUCGUCGACCGAAUUCCACGAACCAAGUCGAAGAAGACGGAUCGUCGCAAGCUCCAUAUGCUAGGACAGGCUUAUUACAUGGCCCAUCGAGAGGAUCUCAGGGAAAUCACGGUGUGGCCUGAGUGGGACUAA